ACAAAAAGAUGACCAGAAACCUUUGGAAGAGAAAAUUAAAACACUGAAAAAACGCAAUGCGGAACUUGCAGCCAUUGCUAGACGUCUCGAAGAGAAAGCGAAGCAUCUCCAGCAAGAAAACAUGAAGAAGGUAAAAGAAGAGAUGAGUCCACCAGAAUCUGACCAUAUGAAGAAACUGUUUGCAAGGCAGAGGGCAAAAGAUCUCGCAGACCAUGCCAAAGCCAUGCUAGCAAAGGAUCGCGAGAUUGAGGAACUACGCAAAAAAUGUCAGGAAUUGGCAGAUACACUCAGCAAUGCCGACUUUCUUGGUCCAGAGAAUGUACAAAUGUAUGAAGAAAAGGAGGAACUAGUGACCAUUAUCAAGCAGGCAGCCAAAGAGAGGCUACAGAUGGAAAAACAACUGGCCAAGAUUAGACCAAAUGUGAGUCGCUUCUCAUUGUCGGCUCAGGCAGAUUUGAAGAAGUUGAAGGAGUUGGAAGCAACCAAUGAGACCUUACAGAAGGAACUUGGAAAAUUAGAAAAGGCCAAAGACGACACUGAAAAACUUGAGAUAGAACUUACUCAGAAGAAAAUUGAGUGUGAGACCUUAGCAGAAGAAAUCAAAAGAGAAAAGCUAAGAAAUAAGGAGCUGGAAAGUGAUUUACAAGAGAGUGCAGCACAGAAUACCCAGCUUACUGUUCAAGUGUCUGACCUCCAACAUAGACUUCAGGACCUGGAAAAGGUUAGUGAGGAGUGUAACAUUUUACGGCUAAAUCUUUCUGAAGCCCAGCAUGAAUGUGACCAAGCCAGACACGAGCGAAGCACCCUCCAGGUCAAAGUAGGAAACCUUGAGGAAACCAUCAAAAAUCUAAAGGAAUCUGCAGAUCGUCUGCAGGAACUAGAGAAUGAGCAUCAGUCAACACUACAGCAAUUACAUGAUAAAAGUAACCAAAUCCAGUCAUUACAGCAGGCUCAACAGGAUGCCAAAGAGGAAUAUGAUAAAGCCCUGCACUCUCUAAAGAGUCGUGUUACUGAACUUCAGCAAAAGUGUCAUGAACAGGAUGAGAGACAUCAGGAACUGACACAAGAACUGACAACACUAAGAUCAGCAGCUGGCAAAAACAACUUCAAACACCCACCCAAUCAUAGUCCAUCUCAUUAUAAAGACUUAGCCAAUCACAGCCCAUCUUAUCCAGCCAAUCACAGUCCAUCCAAUCACAAAGAUUCAUCCAAUCAAAAGAGUUCCUUAGUUUCUAAUCAUUUUCAAGUUAAAGAGAACUUCCAGCAAUCAAAUGCAGGGCCUUUGACAGAAUCGAGUAGGUUUCCAGGAAAUGAUAAUAUUCAGGUGGACUCCACCAAGUCUCUAGACACAGGUUUUGCUGAUGAUGAAGAUUUAGACAAUUCAAAUAAUCCGUCCCCUGACCAAGCCAAACCCCCAGGGGAAUUUGAAGACCCAGAACUUUACGAAAUUGCCAAAAAAUUAAAAGAGCUGGAAGCUUCAGAUUCUGAAGAGGAUAAUUUAUGUGAAGAUCGAGGGGAAGACUCGGGGAUGGAUAGUCAGAAGGAGCAAAAGAUGCAAAUAAAUGCCGUAGAUGACAACCGCUUGUCCAUCCUUGCAAAGAAAGGUCCCAUUCAAGUGUUCCAGGCUAAAUACUCCUACGACCCGAUCCAGUAUUCACCCAAUGAGAAUCCAGAUGCGGAACUUCCAAUCAGUGCUGGCGACUAUGUUCUGGUCUAUGGAGAAAUGGAUGAGGAUGGUUUCUAUGAUGGGGAACUUCUGAAUGGUAAAAGAGGACUUGUGCCUUCAAACUUCAUAGAAAAAGUAUCAGAUGAAGAUCUUGCUGAAUUUCAUGCUGCCAUGUCAGAUGCUAAUCAUCAUGAUGACGACAGUAUCAUUGGUAACAGCAUACAACAGGACCUGGACUAUGAUAGCAGUGAGGACGUCGGAGCUAAGGACUCCAGACGAAAAUCAGCAGAUCUGAAACCUGCAUCUGACAAACUUUACCCACAAAUAAACCAAAGCAGCAGUCGUUCAAACAGCCGUCCAGCUAGUGACCAUGGUAGUGAUGUAGAUGACCUUGACCUCUUAGACAGUAGUAAAGCCUUGACCUCUAUAAGGGUACAGAGUCAGCCAUCAGAUUCAAUGUUGCCUUGUCCCAGAGAGCUGACCCUGGACAGACAGUUGACCAACAGUAUUGUUAUCAGCUGGAAACCACCACUUGACCACAACAAACUGGAUGUCAAGUCAUAUCAUGUUUAUGUUGAUGGAGUGUUCAAAUCCCUGGUGCGCAAAAAUGAGAGAACGAAAGCAUUACUGGAGAAUGUAGAUUCAAAGGAGGUCCAUAGAGUCAGUGUACGAUGUAACUCAAACAUGGGCCAGUCAGCUGACAGUCAGUGUACCAUGCUGGUGGGCAAAGAUGCCGUUCCUGCUCCUAGCGACCUGAAAGUUAGCGAAAUUACUUCUAACUCCGCCCAAAUCUCAUGGUUACCGGGUAACAGUAACUUAAGCCACACCCUAAGUGUUAACGGACGAGAUGUUCAAGUAGUCAAGCCAGGGCUAUGUGUUCAUACACUGACAGGGCUGGCCCCUGCCUCAGAACACAAGGUGUCGAUUUCUGCUGACAGCCUGUCCAGCAACAGGAAGGAUCACUUGUCAGCGUUUGUCGUCUUCAAAACAGCAUCUGGAGGUGUCCCAGAGCCUCCAUUAAAUGUCCAGGUAGAGGCUGGACCACAAGAAGGCACACUGCUGUUGACAUGGAUACCGGUUACCAUAGAUUCCUCUGGCUUCUCCAAUGGUGCAGUGGUAACUGGUUACAUGGUGUAUGCGGAUGGUAGAAGAGUGAAAGAGGCACAGGGUCCAACAAAUGACCACAUCAUUCUGAAUGCUGAUGAUUUCCAAGCCUUCAUUCCCAAACAACUGUUGGUCCGUACAGUGACUGCAGACAAAACAGAAUCUUCUAACUCGGACCCAAUCAAAUUACCCCACUCACUCAUACAGGAAAUCACAGAUGGGGCAGCCAAAAGGGUGACCAAGGACAUGCCAACUAAACAAACAGUCCAGACCUCAAUGCCCCUAAACUCAAUCGUACCAGAAAUUUCUGAGGGAGACGAAGACAUUGAUACUGUCAUAAAUCGCAUUGCGGCUGAAGCAGAACGCAACAUGAGUCCAGUGCUAGACAAUAUCGAAUACGACGAUGAUUUUAUCGAGGCUAGCAGCACCUCAGAGCUUUCUGACAUUCCAGAGGAGGUGGAGGAGGAAUUUUCCGAGGAGGUCCCUCAAGGGCCUCCCACUAAACUCAGCCCUCAACUGCUUAACGGUCAUGCAUCACUUGGCAAGAAUUCAGGUGCAAAGGCACUAACAGCAACCACUCCUCUCAGAUCUAAUGAAACGUCACCAAGACAGACAAGGUCAUCUCCAAGGAUACCAGCAAUUGAAAUAACGAGGGACAGUGGCAGUGAGAGAGGGAAUUCUGUGGAUAUAUCAGAAGAGGAGUUGGACAUUUCUAAAUCUCCAGUCAAAACUAAGAGAACAGUGCCCCAUGGUCAUGUUCAGGAUGGUGCUAAGGGCCAACAUAGAAAUAUUUCCCCAGCCUCAACAAGUGCCAGUGUUUCUCCAAGUGAGGAGGUUGUUAGUAAUGGACGCCAUUCAAGGCAUUCCCGUGAGGCUUCACCUCAAAGGGACAGUCAUGUGACUAGUGACCUCAAACACAAAAAUGACAAAAAUAUGUCCAAUCACACCGCCACAGAUCCGCGGAGGAGGCUUUAUCCAGAAAGUCAUAUGUCUCCUAAAAACGGUGACGGUUCACAUCCGGAACAUGGAUCUGUCAAAAGGAGGAGUCCGGGUCACGGAAGUCCACGGAAUAGCCCCCAGAGGGGGAGUCCUCGGAGGGUGAGUCCUCAAGGAGAUCAUAGUCCACACAAGGAUUUAACGGACAGCAAGACUUACAGUGAUUCAAAUGCUAAUGAUGUGUCACAAGACUCCACCAUUUCUGACGGGAGGUUGGAUAAUAGCGGUGUUCAUCAUGUUCCACAGUUGGAUCUGUCAGACUGUGAUGACAGUGGAGAUGUGGAUUCCAUCAGUGGAGAAAUUAAUCCACCUAUUGAGGACAAUCGGAUUCGAUUGUUUGUGGCUUUGUUCGACUAUGACCCAGAAAGCAUGUCACCUAAUGUUGAAUGUCUGGAUGAAGAACUACCCUUCAAAGAAGGGCAGAUAAUCAAGAUUUAUGGUGAUAAAGAUGCUGAUGGUUUUUACCGGGGAGAGAGUAAUGGUCGAGUUGGCUUCGUGCCAUGUAACAUGGUGUCAGAAGUCCAAGUCGAGGACACAGAACUGGCAGAACAAUUACUCAAAGAGUCGCAGACGGGCUACAAUCCCAGCAUCCAUUUAUCCACAGAUAACUACAUGAAGCCUGCAGACCUUGGGAGUAGAUUGAGUCCUGCCAAAGUCUCCACAGUGAUGUCCAGCACACAGGCCAGAAAAAUGGUGGCAUUGUACGAUUACGAUCCACAAGAACUAUCUCCUAAUGUUGAUGCCGAGCUGGAGCUGGCCUUCAGAAGUGGUGACACAAUCAUGAUAUAUGGUGACAUGGAUGACGACGGAUUCUACAUGGGUGAACGCAAUGGUCAUCGAGGACUUGUCCCCUCCAAUUUCUUACAGGAGGCUCCCCUAAGUGACGACGAGGUCCUCGAGAGUGCCAGCAUUGUCUCCCCUGCCAGACGCAGAAAGUGGGACUUGGCUCACAAUUGGACCAACAGCUAUCACAUGAUACAGUGAAUUCAGUAGCCAAUCAGAAUCUCCCUCCAUCGGAACAGAGACCCUCGUCUCCAGAAGAUGUGAAGCAUAAAAAGAAGAGUUCUAGUCUUCUAUCCAAGGGCAAAAAUAUCUUUAAAAAACUCACUCGA